GUUCUGGCGUAUCUGCAAGGCCAAGAACAUGGAGGAGUUCAAGCCGGACCCCUACCUGGCGACGCUCAUGAACUACCUGCUCUGGUUCUUCUACGGGCUCCCUAUCGUCCACCCCAACAGCACCCUCGUCCUCACCAUCAACGGCAUCGGCCUCGUCAUCGAGGGCGCCUACAUCAUCAUCUUCAUCAUCUACGCGGCCAAGAACACAAGGUGGAAGAUGGUCGGCGUGCUCGCCAUCCAGGCGGCGUUCAUGGCUGCCGUGGUGGCCGGUGUGCUCGUCGGUGCCCACACCCAUGAGAAGCGCUCCAGGAUCGUAGGCAUCCUUUGCGUCAUCUUCGGCUCCAUCAUGUAUGCCUCCCCGCUCACCAUCAUGGGUAAAGUGAUCAGGACCAAGAGUGUGGAGUACAUGCCAUUCUUCCUGUUACUGGUAAACUUUCUCAACGGUCUCUGCUGGACUGGCUAUGCGCUAAUCAAGUUUGACAUCUACAUCACGAUCCCCAAUGCCCUCGGUACAAUCUUCGGCCUCAUCCAGCUGAUCCUUUACGGGUACUACUACAGAUCUACCCCCAAGAAGGGCAAGAAUGUCGAGCUGCCCACCGUCCUCACCAGAAACGCCGUUACCAGCGGCAACGUCUCCGUCACCAUAGAGAAAUAAGCUUUGCUUCGUUUUUAGCCCUAAAGAUUUUGAGUAGUUAAUACCGGAUGAUACUUCAACAGGUCUGAUGUUAAUUAGUUGUACUUUUUGUUAGCUAGUAGAGUCUGAGAUUGCCUUUAAUUUUGUGAACCAUUGUCGUCUGUCUGAGACUACAGUGCAAAUUGCAAGUGUAUAUAAAUACCAAUGCAGCUGAGUUAUCCCAGAGAUAUAUUAUGAAAACCACAUAUGCUUGCCUGUUUUCAA